AUGAAGAUGGGCUUCGUUGAUGGGUCUUGCACUAAACCUGAAGAUCCACAAGAUGUGAUACUUUGGAAAAUGAUUGAUGCCAUGGUCAGAUCUUGGAUCAUGCAUACAAUUGAAAAGAAAGCAAGAAUUCAUUUCCAAAGUGCAACCACAUCAAAGGAGUUAUGGGAUGAAAUCAAGUCUAGGUAUGAGACAGAUAACUGGCCAACUCAAUACAAGUUAAAAAAGGACAUCUGUACAGCUAAACAAGGUAAUAUUGAUCUUGAAGAUUACUAUUCUAAAGUUAGAUUGUUUUGGGAUGAGCAGUUAAAUUUACAGCCACACCGAAAAUAUACUUGUGAUAGGAGUCAACAAGAUUGUGUAGGUUGUAAACUAGAAAAGGAAGUUAUAAUGGAUUAUGAGAAGAGCAAUAUGCUCCUUUUCCUUAUGGGUUUAAAUGAUUCUUAUGAGAAUUUAAUAGAUUCAAUAUUGGCCAUGGAAUCAAAACUAACUGUGUACAAGGCAUUCACAAUGUUUCUUAAUGUUGAGAAGAAAGAGAAACAUUAA